AUGUCUGAACCAAUCAAGAAGAAGAACGGUGAUAUCUCCAAGGCACCAACUCCUCAAAAUACUCCAUCUUCUGUAGGUACUUCAUAUUUACGUUCUCAACCACCAACUGUAUCAACUAUUGAAGAAAUUAAUGAAGAAAAUGUUGGACAAUUAGCUAAUAAUCCUGCUUUAUUAAGUAUGAUUCAAGGUAAAUUAGGCGAUUUAGUUGGUAAAUCUUCUGGUUAUGUUGAAACUUUACCUAAAAAAGUUAAGAAUAGAGUUUAUGGUUUAAAAUCUAUUCAAGCAAAUCAAAUGAAAUUAGAAGCGGAAUUUCAAAAAGAAUUAUUAGAAUUAGAAAAGAAAUUCUUUAAAUUAUAUGAACCUUUGUAUGAACAAAGAAAAAAGAUAAUUGUAGGUGAUUUAGAACCAACUACUGAAGAAAUUGAAGAAGGUAAGGCUUUAGAAGAAGAAGAACAUGAUCAUUCAGAAUGUGAAGGUGAUCACGAACAUGAACACGAAGAAGAGGAAGAAGAAGAAGAAGAAGAAGAAGAAGACGAUACUAAAGGUAUCCCAGGAUUCUGGCUUACUGCUUUAGAAAACUUAACUACUGUUUCCGAAACAAUUACUGAAAGAGAUUCAGAAGUAUUACAAUAUUUAAGAGAUAUUCGUAUGGAAUAUUUACCUACUCCUGGAUUCGAAUUAAUCUUUGAAUUUGGAGAUAAUGAAUUCUUCUCCAACCAAAUCUUAACCAAGACUUAUCAUUACCAAGCUGAAUUAGGAUAUAGUGGUGAUUUUGUUUAUGAUCAUGCUGAUGGUUGUGAAAUUAAUUGGAAAUCGAAGGAAAAUAACGUCACUAUAAAUAUUGAAAGAAGAAAACAAAGAAAUAAAACUACUAAACAAACAAGAACUAUUGAAAAAUUGACUCCUUGUGAAUCAUUCUUUAAUUUCUUUGAUCCUCCAAAACCACCAAAGAUUAAUAAGGAAGAAUCUGAAGAAGAUGAAGAAGAAAGUGAAGAAGAAGAAAUUGAAGAUGAAGAUGAAGAUUUAGAAGCAAGAUUAGAAUUGGAUUACCAAUUAGGUGAAGAAAUUAAAGAUAGAUUGAUUCCACGUGCUAUUGAUUGGUUUUCAGGUGAUGCUGUUGAUUUCGCAUACCCUGAAGAAUUCGGAGAAGGUGAAGAAUUCACCGACGAAGAAGAAGGUGAUUCUGAUAGUGAUGACGAUGACGAGGAUGAUGGACAGCCUAAACAACCAGCACCUGAAUGUAAACAGCAAUAA